AUGAGGCUCUACACAAAGCUGAUACGUUUCAGUUCAGUGUGUAAUAUUGUGUUUUCGAUUACAAGGUCGCUGAUUGGACAGGUAGGUCGAGUGUUUUUACAGAGGAAAUGCUCUAAUUGUAAGCAGAUUGUAUUGGAACUUGACAUAAAUUUAAGCUUGAAUUUUUUAACGCAAAAUAUGGCGAUAUUGUCCGUUUUUGCUGACAUUUAGAACUAUUGUAAACUUGAACGAAAAUCAAGGAAUAAUUUUACAAAAUAACCCUUUGCUGAUAUCCCGUUUCCAGCGCCCAAUCUCCACUGCCAAUUAUUUCUUCUACUUCACAGUCAGCCCUCUCUUCCUGCAUUGCUCACAAACCCUUCAACAAAUCUUAAUUUACAUCACUUAUAUCGUUGUUUUCUUCCAUGGCGGAAUCCCGGCUGUCCAAUUUUAUUAUCGCUACAAGACUCUGAAAGAUGUCAAUGUAACGAAGACACAGAUUGAAGUCGCUUAUUUUGCAAUGUUUGCAUUUUGGGUUGUCCAUUCCCUGACCUUUUACUUUCUCUUCGAGGAGAAUCCGGAGAUUUAUAUUGACGAUAUUUUUGGAGGGAUUAAAGGGUGCACUCAGGAAUUGCCUACAUUUACGGUAAUCUACAAGGUAUGUUUGUCUGGCCUUCUAAUGGCGCUUCCCGUUUAGGACGCCAUUGCCAACCAAGUACACAACAUUCUCGGUCAUGUCGGCUUGUCUCUAAUUUCGUUUAUUAUGAUCUACUACGCUCUCAAAACAUGGCGCGUCUACAAUCAACAUGCCCGACAGAUGACAAAGAAGAAGUUGAAGAUGAACAGAAGUGUCAACUUGUUAUUUUUGCUACAGGUAAACCUCCAUUUCCCACGUUACAUAUCGUAAUUUCAAUUGUGAAUUUUCUGACUUUGCAAUUAUUUUUACAGGCCGUUCCGCCAUUUGUUUUUAUGCUCCUACCUAAUCUUUUGUUCGCCACAUCGUUAUUACCGCCUCGUUUGAUGAGUUAUACAACAGUUGCGAUUGGGUUUGGUCCCGCAAUAACUCCGUUGUUUGAUGCGUUGAGUGUCCUUCUCAUCCUUCCAUCCUUUCGACGACAUCUUUUUAGCAUCAUCUUGACACCAAAAUCAGGCCCGAGAUCUCAAACAUUGUUUACUGUGCAUUCAGUUACAUAAUAAUGAUUUUAAUUUUACGUGCUACAGAAGUGCUGCAGGUUCCAUAUUUCAAACAGAAGAAACGUUUAUAAAACCUAGCAAAAAAACAAAGCUCAUUGUCGGCGGAUCCAAAUAAAUUGCUUUAGUCUUGAAACACAAGUCUUGGGCUUCGGAAAAAUCAAAACGUAAUUUUUUCGAAAAAAACGUUUUUCUACAGAAAAAAUUCUUUAGUCCCGAAGCGAAGACAUUCCUUACUUCCGCGUACUUAUGUAAAAGCUGCUCUAAUACAUCUAUAACAGUUCUAAAAAUCCGUUCCAACUACUUUGACAGUUAUGUAAACAUUUGGGUGCUUUGUCAUUGUAUUCAGCGGUCUAUCUCAGCAUUUGAGUACAAAUAUAUUCAUCACAAAAAAUCCACACUACGUCACGUCAACUUCAAGUAUGUUUUUAGAAAAUUCUGAUGCGAUGAAAUAUCUUCUAUCGAAGUCCGCCAGCCCGAUAACAAAAAUCCCGGAAUAGUUGAAAUUCCACGAAAACCGAUGACGCUUGUUAUCAGCACAUCAAGGGCCUUUCUACUGGCCAAUUUCAUAAAGUUUGGUGAUGGUCGUUUACAAUGUUCUACAUUGUGGAAGCUUCAGUUUGUAAAAAAGUCUUGUUGAAAGUGCAAUAUCACCUGCCAAUUAUAAGCAUAAUAGAAGUACCGUACAUCCGUUAUCCUCAUAUAUAAUAGAUUUUCUUAGAAUUAUUAAAAAUAUAAGGAUGGUGACAUACAAAUCAAAUCGGGUUUUGUGGCCAGAAACCGCCAUUUCUUGUCUGUUAGGCCUCUAGACAAGAAUUCCCAACUUCUUGUCUGGAAUUUUUGACCUUCAGACAGGAAUCGAAGAUUCUUGUCUGAGGUCAGACAAGAAUUACGUAAAAAUUGUCUAUAAUUUAGCAAUUUCAGUUCCCAGACAAGAACUUCAGUUUUCUUGUCUGAGGAACAGACAAAAAAAUUGUCUGAACCCCCAAAAAUCAAAAAAAAAAAAAAUUGAAACCCCCAAAAACCAAAGAAAAAAUACGAGUAUCCGGCUUUUAAUCAGAAGAAUCCAUCAUUUCCUAGUUUCGGAUUGUGAUGAGGGUAGUUGACAUUGAAUCCAGCUCGAUUUCUUCAUGUUCACUUCAGUUGUUGGGAAGUUGAGUCCGUCAUGGUCCGUAACUACAGCGUCGAACCUGUUCCUCGUGCGUUGAACGUCCUAGACUCGAUUAGGAAUGCAAAAUGUUCUUCUGCUGUGUUUGCCCAAAGUGGAAGUAAAGGUUGAUGGAAACCUCGCAAGUGAUGGUUCCAUCGAAAUUUUAGACCUCAAACGAAUGACCGAGCUCUGAUUGCGCAAAAUUCCGACCCGGGUUGACCUGUAACAGAUCCAUUUCUAUGCAGAAGUUCAGAUGUUGGGAAAUUUUUUCGAUCUUUUUGUUACCUUGUAAGUUAUUUAUUGUGUUAUUCAUGUGUUUAGAAACCGAAUUGUUUGGAAAGAAGGAAAAAGAAGCCUUUGGACAUUCCGAUGGAUCCACGGGUUUUCGAAUUGUUCAAUUGUCGGCGUUCACCUCUUCAAGCGAGAUUCAAAGCGUCGGAGUUCUGUAACGGUGUAGCCUCUUGUCAAUCUCUAGUCAACAGUGUGUUCGCCUUCCCCGGCACGGCCAUCAACAGGUUCAGGAAGCUAAAAUUCGAAAAGAAACCUAAGAAGAGGAAAGAGAUGCUGAUGAAACGAAUUCUUCUGCAAGCAUCACUCGGGAUUUCUCCAAUCUGCAUUCUCUUGUAA